AUGAAAUCUGUCUUCAGUAUUCUCCUGGUUGGUGUCGCUCUUUUUGGUGGCGCAUUCGCAGCCAGUGUACCACCUGCGAAGAUCGGAAAGAAGUGCUCACCAGCGGACGGGAGAGCGAUCACAGAAUGUAAAGCGCACAUUCAAGAAUACAUGAAAGGAGUUGAAGAUCUCACUGAGGAGGAUAUCAAACAAAGGAUCAAUAUACAUGGCUUUAAAGAAAAGUGUGCUCCAGUCAAUCAAUGUCUCACCUCUCUUUCUCACUGUGACAUUUAUGGAAAUGGCCAGAUGACGCUCCUCACCAAUGUCGUCCGAACAUUCUGCAACCUGGUCACCUAUCUCGCCGAAUCUCCUUGUUCUCAAAAGAUGCACGCACAUGAUUCUAAAUGUUUCAAGGAGUGGAAUCCAUAUCUGGAGAAGGACGAUGUCAAAGACGAGAACAGGAGGAAGGAAGCAUACCAUAAUGCAGAAGAAUACAUUGAGUAUGAAAAAUCGCAGAUGAGAGAUUGUUAUGGUAACUACAAAAACUACAAAGAGCUUCUGGAAACCACGGACACCGAGGAUCGAGACAAGCUGGAACUGAUUUAUCGAUCUUGCUGGAAUAUCAGACAUUACUCGGGUUUGGGCAACGGGACAGUAGCUUGGAAGGACUGUGAAAGGCUGGAGGUCAUCAAAGACUUGCUGAAAAAUCUGAUAGACUGGAAAGAUCAGCAUGAAGAUGAUGAUGCAGUUUUACCAGAUGAUGAGGAAGAACCCAAACCUUAA